CAAAAAAACACGAGGUAAAUAAAUAUUAAUUCAUCAAAAAAGAUUAAUUUUCGAUUCGCAUUUUUGUCCUCGUCCGCGUGACACACGAGAGUUCAACUGAAGCAACGAAAACAAAGUGCGCCCGGUCCUGGAGGAGAAACCGAACUUUUAAAUAGAAAUAUAUGACGUUUCAACUUUAACCCGUAUGAUGCCAAAAAUCGUUCCUGCCGAAAUCCCACAUCACGCGACGCGGCGUAAUAAUUGCUGGAAAUACCCAUAAAGUACACACACGCGUACACACUCCGAAGCAUGGGAAUGAGACGCACCCCGCGUCCCGACACUCGACACCGACCUGCUGUAAACGAAGGGUCGGAUCGGGAGUGCGGUGGUUCCCGCUGAAAUCCAAGCGAGGAUCGACUGCACGUGACCCUUAUGUGAACUGCUGUUGCUUGCUCGGCUUGGCUUUACUUGCUUGCUGAGCUGGACGAGUCAUUCCGCACAGAUCUCCCGGUGCGGGUCGGGUUCGGGACUGAGUCAGACUGUGCGCGCAACGCAGAACGAGAUGAGGGAGAGAUGAGCAACCAGCAGCAGCCAUCAUGACCGUCCAGAGCCGGAGAUAUACGCGUAGAGAGUGAGUGUGUGAAGAACAGCCAAGAGCUAUGCUCCGCCUCCUACUGUUCCGUUGCUUUGCGCUGAGCCGUCGGGGUCCGGAAAAUGGCUGCACGGAUUGUCCACAGGAGGGCGGAGUCUCUCGUUAUUGAACUUAAUUGAGUAUAAAAAGCUGAUCAAGACCAACGCUUAAUUCAUUGAUAAUUUUGCAUUUGCCCUGAUAUCUUGUUGCUGCUCGUACAGAUUGAGCCCGCGUGUUCCGACGGUCUUCCCGGUUCGAAUUCACUUUCGUCCUCGCGCAGGAACGAGGGGCUCGGCGCGAUCGUUACACCCGCGACUGUUGUUAAGAUAAAUCAGUGUGCCUCUAUUAAUUACAGUGUUAUUUAUUGACUUAGUGAAAAUAUAGCAGUGAUUUAGCAAAGUGAUACAAUUAAAAUUAGAGUUAAUUGAAAUCUAAUUAGUGUUGAUUGAGUUUAAUGAAUUUGUUUGAUCAUGGAAUCAGCUGGCUUUGACGAGCAAAUAUUCGGAGAAUUCAACGAGACUCUGAGUCCGCUUGGAGUUAAAUCGAUUCACGCGAGUGGACCAAGUGGUCACAACAUGGUGGUGUUGGGGAUCAAUCAUUCUCCACCUGACUCGUGCACGCAACGGUUACCGGAAGUGAACAGUAUCCUGGCGGCCGGUUCACCUAGCUACAAGAACAUCGACUAUACUAACCUGAGCAAAGUGGACUACCAUCCGAAUGGGAAAGUCGAAUCGCAGUACUCGCCAAAUUCCGGCAAGAUGGAGUACAUCAACUGUAAGCUCGAAUGCUACAACCCGCCGCUCUAUGUCAAUAAUAAUCCGAAUAAAAUAGAAUAUGUUCAACCCUUAGAUUACAAUGCGAACGGUCGGCUCGAUUAUUCCCCGCCGUCGAAAGCUACCGACUACGGGGGCGGCAAGAUGGAGUAUGAAACCACCAUGACCAUGUUCCAGCAGCCUCCGCCGAUGAGCUCGACCACGCUGAACGGGUUGAACGAUCCCACCAAGCGAAAACACGACGAAGUGAACAGUGCUUCCGGUUCGUCCACGCCAACCACGACUUCGACAAUCGGGAACGGUAGUGAAAGUUGUGCGUCCGGUUCAAACAUGAAGAAAAACGACAAGAAAAAGUCCGAUCCCAACGGAAUCAAGAAGAAGAAAACAAGGACCACAUUCACGGCGUAUCAGCUAGAGGAAUUGGAGCGUGCAUUCGAACGGGCUCCUUAUCCCGAUGUUUUCGCACGUGAGGAGCUAGCGCUGAAGCUAAACUUGAGCGAAUCCCGCGUGCAGGUGUGGUUCCAGAACCGCCGGGCCAAGUGGAGAAAGCGGGAACCCCCGCGGAAGUCCGCCUAUAUGGGCAAUAACAGUCCGUCAACGCCGAUGAACGGCCCGAUUGGAACAACUUUUACCCAGUUUCCCCAGACGCCGACGGUGACUCCGCCGGGCAGUGUGGAAAGUUGGUCGACCUACCAGACGCCGUACGAGCUGAGCCCGCACUUCAAUCUGCUGUCUCCUGCCGCUAGUCCUUAUGGUUCCUUCACCACCCAGUACGGUACUUACGUGCACGAAAGUCAAUUAUUUCCCGUAAGACAACAUUUCGAUUACGGCAGCCCGUCACGGCCGACGGGGACUGAGCCGGACGAAUCGCAUCACAAGCCGGAACACUACGCCUCGCUGGACGACAAAUUCGAUACGCACUGUACGGUGUCCGAUGGCGUCGCUAAUGGCAAGUAUGUGGAUGACACCAAGUACAUACACGCUGUCAACAUCAUCGACGAUGGCAAGUACGGCCCGCCGAGCUGCCAUCUGGAGGAUCCGACGCUUAAGCCGUCCCACUACGGGGCACCAUCGUCGUGCCAACCGGCACCGGGCGACGAUUCCGAGUCGCUUGGCCUAGUCAAGUCGGAGGACGCGAGUGGCGUGGGAGGCAGCGGCACCAAUGGCUAUGUGCUGCCACCUUUUUUGCGCUGAAGCAAAUGCUGUCGGCAAAACGUUCUUAACAAGUUGUGUAGGACAUCAGAGUCGUUUGUUUCGAGACAGCAGCAGCAACAGAAACGUCGGAAAGCCACGUAGGCAGCUUCCCAACCAUCGUCAGCAGCAGCAGCAGCAUUGUAUACCGUAAAACCAAAAUUCCUUAAUACAAUUUAGAGGAAAAUCCCACUCUGCAAAGUUAUGCCUGAUCUUGGACCCAUAGGAUGCUUCAAAUUCCUAUAUUUAUUUUUCAUCCUGCAUCCCAAAUUUACUCUCUCUCUCUCUUGGUAGGUUUAAGAAUACGUUAGUCGGUGUUAUCGCUGUGCCUAUGUAAAUACUCGAGCAAGUCGGAGCUUACCAAAGCUGUAAAAAUCAAAAUUAUGGCAAGACCGUUCGCAAUCCUGGCCCAUGGCUACAAGCAAAAACGCUGCUUUGCUGACUGGAACAGCUAAUGAAAUCAAAACCGGAGGCUUAUUUGCACAUUCCGAACAAGAUCAUCAACAGACUCUUUUCACACGUCAUAUUCGAUAAAGGAAGGGAUCCUUCUAUAAAUCGUAACGAAUCAGCAGGUUGAUCGAAAAGCCAGCAAUUGCCCCUUUUUAAAGAUCGAAAUAAAUUAAAUUCGACCCGAGCAAAAAGGAAAAACGCAAACCAAGGGAUAAACACAGUCGAUUGUUACCGAGAACUUUCCGCGCCAGGUAGCACGAUGGGAUUUUGAUUUUUUUUGUACACACUCUUUUACUGGUAUUAUGCUGUGUAUCUGUUGAAUAUAAAGCAUUUUCAUUUUCCCAAAUCAAUCAACCGUUUCUUGUUGUUCGAUAUUUAUGUGGAAAUUGGAAGAACACUAGGGUGGUGCGAGAUGCCGGACACGUGUCAGGUGUCUCAAGACAUUUUACCACCAAUCGUUUUCGCUAGAAGCAAUAUUUCCGGAGAAUUUCGGCUCAGACGAGCCACCCCCUUAAAAUUGUGCGCCAGAGCAGAACAAGUAUUUUCAAAAACAAGCUCGUACUUUCCCGUUUCACACGCACAUACGACCGCUUCACACUGCCCCGCAAGCAAUCCCAAAAGAUGUAAUAACAUCGACGAUGAUUCGCCACCACAAAAUUCGAAAAUUUGAACUUUUCCCUUUACCUUCCCGUUCUCAAUCCGGUUUCCGGUGUGGGAAAAGGAAAGUGGGGGUGUUUUGGGGAAGGAAGUGCGGUAUAUCGUCGUUCCGGAGGUUUUUUUGCGCCGCCAUUGAAUUUUUAUUUAAUAUCGAGUUUCCCAACCAGUAAACACUGUUGAUUGAUGAAAACAUGAAUCUCCAUAAAAAAAAAACUACCAAGCGAAAAGGAUAAGAGUCCACGGGGAAAUGAUUUGUAGCUUUGGGGUGGAAAAAAAUCGCGCCACGAAUUCGAUGACACGAGAAAAUGCAAGUCGAAUCGCCGAACCGGAGAGCAAGGGAGAGAGGAAAAAGCUCUCCGGGUGGGGGAAAAACAUUGCGAAAGCCCACACCCCAGCAGCAACUGGAGAGUGGAUCCUUCGAGCGGAAUGUUUUAUCUCGGAUACGGGGAAGCUUGAUUGAAAUUUCCGAGAAGAUUCCAGCUGAAGGCACAUACGCAUCUUCAAGUGUGGCGGAUAGGAAAUGUACUGGGGAUGAAAAAUUCAACCGUUUAGCUAUUGAUUUUAGCCAAAUCAGUGAUGAAAAAAUAUAAAAAUGGGGGGCAAACCAUCUUGCGACCAGCCAUAACCAUAAUAAGUUAAAUUUCUGAUUAUGUCAAAAAAGUAUGUUUACAUUAUUCAUUUAUUCAGCAAUUUAGAAAAAAUGCCGUAAACUGUGGUCAAUCGGGACACAUAGGGCGAAUUGGGACAGCAGUUUUAACUAUGUUGGAGCACAAUAUUUUGAUUUUUCUGGUCGGUUUCGGUUGGAACAGACCCAGACCAAUAAUAUGUGUACAUCCAUUUUCAAAUUUAAAAGCUUUAAGUGCUCUAAAAACUGCUGUCCCUAUUCCGACUGUAGUCUCGAUUCGCCCCAGAUUAUAGCACUAACGCAAGUUCCAAAAUGCUCCAUAUUCAACAUGAGCAAUUCUCAACUAAUUUGUCAUUUUUUGCAUUUCUUCUUUCCAAAAAUAAAGUCUUUAAUUGAAUAAAUAUGUUUCCCAAAAAAAACCAUUUCUUUUUCAAAAAAAACAACUCUGUGGCUCAAAAGUAUCCUGUUUGCAGCACCACUUUAAGUUUAUCUUUUUUGCACAGAUGCAAAGUUUGUGGGUAAAAGUAAAGAUUUGUUUGAUAUAUUAGACCAAAGCAAAACAAUUACUAAGCGGCGUACCUAGGGGUUGUCGGAGAUGGCGGACCGACAAGGGCAAAAGCUCUUGAGGGGCUCCAAAAUCGAUGACUGAACAAAAUUUUCAUGUUGGUAUAAAAUCUUUAGUUGGUAUUUGAAACAGAAAGGGUGCCAAAAGUAAAAAAAGAAUUCCAAAAUAAUUUGUUUUUUUUUUGUUAGAAAGGGGCGCAAAAAUGAUACAAAAGUUUUAGAAAAUUAAAAAGAGCUCUUUAAAUAGCAACAACAUUUAAAUUUGGAUCGCAGCAUUAUAAAAUUAAGGUCAUGGGCUAUUCAAGACUCAAGAAUUGCUGUAUAUGAUUAUUCAUGUUAUUGUGUCCGAUAAAUCUUAAUCUGUCAUCAGGAUAGUCAAACUGUGCUUCUAUGAAGUAAUAUGAUUAGUUUUAACAUUGCAUGUAUUGCUCUGAACAUCACUUUUCCUUCAAACUUAAUCCUUGAUAGACUGGUUUGCUCGGAUGCUUUUGAUAAAUUUAAUCGUAGAAAGAGAGAUGAGAUAAAAUUUUGGUAUCUAUAAGAGAAAGUUACUUUGAUUGGUAUGCAACUUUUUGUCAUAAUCGUCAAAAAGAUAAUAAAAUAACAAAAAUUAAUGACAGGCCAUAGUCUCAAUAUUGAAAUGAAUUUUACACUAGUUUGGUUGUUUUGGAAUUUUAAGUUUUCAUAAAAUGUAAGAUUUGAUGAAAACGAAAUUUUUAGCAAAAAAAAACUUUGUGCGGUACCGUACAUAGAAAAUUUACAAAAUUUCUAAUAAUUUUUGAAUCAACCCAGACAUGCUUAAAAUGAUUCUAAAUGCAGGGGAAUCCAUUUUAAAUUGAUUUCAGCUGAUCGCACUAAAUCGCAGCAAACUAAAUCAUGAUUGAUUUUUUUAUUCGUCUAAAACAACACAUUUAGGAAUAAUAAACUUUACUGUUAUUAUGAAUUUAAUGAAAUCUAAUAAAGUUUUCAUUUCAGCCUAUUUGUAUAGGACACCAAUACUAGAUCUUUUAAUCGUUUGAAAUGUUUUAAUUUAAAUUUUAUUUUUCAAAAUAAUUUUAAUCGAUUGAAAUCUUUUAAUUUGAUACAACUUUUUCCCAAGCAAUGUUUGAUGUUAAUUUUAUUUUGAAAAAUAAUAUUAACACAUUUUUUAUGAAUACAGAGAGACGAGAAUGCAUAGUAAUGCAUUCUGCUAAAACGCUCAAUCAAACCACAACAUUAUUUUUGAUACUUCACCAAUAAAACAUUGUUUAUGCUUUUUAACCACCUUUUUUAUUACUCAAAAUGCAAUUAUUGAAUUCUUUGAAACAAUCAUUGAAAAAUCACAUCAAUUUAUAAAAAAAAUUGGAGGAGCGCCAAAUAGAUGCUUCGCCAAGGUUGCCGUGGACCCAAGGUACGGCCCUGCAAUUACUAUUUUUAUACAUUCCAAACUACUACGCUGAGCGAAAUAUUCAAACCUUUUCUGCAGUUUUCCACUAUCAAAACAAACUUCUUUCUAUAAAUCAACGAAGAAACUUGCUUCCUAACUUUUAUUUUAUAAGCCAUAGCUGUUCAUUACUUAUAGGCCGACAAUGAAAUUGAAAAUAGAUUAGGCAUGCGGCAUAUCUUUGAGACCAAAUCUCUUCAGCUUCCAACAACGGGUGCUCCGACUUGCUCCGACAUUAUUAAAAGUCUGCUCCCAGAGCAGAAACUUAUCAGCCUUAUUUUAGCUUAUAAGAGAAGAAAUUGUAUACUGAAACUGUCUAGUUUUAUUUGUAGAACUGUAAAACUGUACAAAAAGCAACAAAAUCGGAAAAGUCUUGCCAAAGAAUAUCUAUAGCUCCACACCCUGGAAGUCCAACCUCGUUAAUCGGUAAAGAAACUACUCGUUUUCUGCUAGCGAGAAAAGCGCGUGAAAGCUAUCAGAGAUUAUUAAGUUUAUUUAAAGUUGUUAUUAGGGUUUAAUUUAGUGCGCGCUUUCGAAGACAGUUGCACCAUCGGAGCAGCAGCCCAGAAGCCUCUCACAACUCAAUUAUGUUUGUCUAGGAAAUUUAAACGCCAAGUAUGAUUCAAUUUAGUCCGAUGUAAAUAGUGAGAUUACAUUUCUAGCCCAGACGCGGGACACGUCUUCCGAAGCGUUCUCCCAACCCGGGAGGGAAAACAUUCCAAAGUGCAUUCUCCAACGCAGUGCCUUGAAGCCGCCGUUUUCGUGUGUCGCAAUGCUCUCUAAUGGCUCUUCUUGCCCAUGCAGCUGGCUGUCGAAUGAACGCACUUGCACUUGGCCGCAUUUCGAUUCGCCGGCGAAGAAUCUCCCACUUCCAGAAAUGCACAUUUCCGGCUCGGUAGUGCUGCGUUUGCCAAACGUAUCCUGGCCAAAUUCGGGGCACGGUGUGGGAAAAGAAGCUUUCUUGUUGUUUUUAAAUAUUUUUUUAAUUUAUUUUUUAAUUUCAUUUCUUUAAAUUGCAUUUAAUUUAAAUUUAUAUUUUCAUAUUACAUCUUUCACUCUAAGCUUUGAUUUAUUCUAAAAUUUCAAGAUUCCAACUCUGCCAAAGUCACGUUUUUCCCGCACCGUGUAAGAAAAAAAUACCCAAAAAGGAUUACUUAGGUCUUGAUGAGGGAAGCUUUCGCCAGCCAGCAGCAGCAACUGCUGCAGCAUUCGCCCACACUAGAGUACGGCGGCAAACGUACCGAAAAAUAGGUUAUUUCUAGUUUUGUAUAUGUAAAUAGAACAUUUCCGAACACUUACACACAGCCACACAAACCCAUGGCGAUAGCUGCAUGAUGGGGUGGCUGAAAAGUACCACCAGAGAUUUCCGCAGCCACCCCCGGCAAACUAUCGCAGAACGCGCGCGAGAGCAGAAUAUCAAACGACGAUACACUUUAAGGAUACGUAUUUACAUUUGCUCAUACGUUUUGUACACUGUUGAAUCUGUCUGCCGUUUUCGUAUGAACGGCAGCGGUACGAAUUCGGAAGCAAAUUUUCCCAAAUUUACACAUAAACAAAUUGUUGAUGUUCAGCAAGGAAAUCAGCAGCUCUGUGUACACGAGUAAUUCCAUUACUUUCGCGUUAACCACUUUAGUAAUAGAGCUACACUUGGCAGGAUAGAGGCAUUCAUUAUCGUGGAGUACUACGUGUAAAUUAAGCCAAAUAGCUGCAAACCAGUGCAAAUGUAUACUAAGCUGAAACGCCAACUGUUUAAUAAAGAUGCUAAGUACAUAAUUAAUUUA